AUGGCGAAUUCACAAAGGAGUCUAGCGGACCAUCCGCACCACGACACCCCGGACCUCGUCUCGUUCGAUUCCCCCGCCACGCUCCACGCUCCGCCGUCCAAAACGCUCCAGUCGGGCGCGUCAAGUACGCGGGGAAGCCCGUGGUGGUCAUCGGGGGCGCAAGCAGAGUGCCUCGAGCUCUCCGGCCGUUUCGCGCCCUUGAUCUCCACCAUAUCCCUCGCGAACCGUGCCGACCUCAAGGCCCCCGACGCGAUAUGCGUCUUCGACCGCCUCCUCUCUGCCGUCGAACUCGCGAUCUGGGACGUCUGGCGUCCCGUGUUGAUCAUGAUCAUCCCGUACGACACCAUGUACAACCUCAUGACCGGAUACGCGUACUGGUCCAUGAGCUUCUCCCGCAACUUGGACACCUCCCAAACCCCACCCCCGUGCGGCCCCAUCGUCGCCUUCGCCUUUGUCGCCAGCGCGCCCACGCUGACCUCGGUAGUGGACAACCCAGAAGCGAUGAACCCCGAGUCCCUUUACGGUCGCCUGCCCGGGACUCGAGACCAAUCACAGCAGCUUUUCGAUGUCCUUUCCGGAAGUACAUCGACGUUGACAUACCUCAAUCUCCGCCUGGAAUGGCUGACUGUAGAAGGUUUCCUGCUUGCGAGCUUUAUCAAUCUUCAACGUCUCUCAGUGACCAUGCCCGACAAUCCUCAAACCUUUUCCGAACCCGCGUCUCUCCGGAAACUAAACGCGCUAAUGGACCUUGGUCUCCCACAAUCGCUACUGGCCCUGGAAAUCACACUGGACAAAUCUCUGAGCCAGUACUUUGGUUUGGAGCGCAGCAGCGAACAAGAAAGGACCCUCCGCAAUCCUCGGAUGCUUCUGCGGUUUGAGUUCGUGUAUUCUGGCAUGGAAUCGGAGAUCUUUCCGGGCAUGGACACAGAGAUCAUCGCUUCAAGUUGGUCCCCGAAUGGCGCCCAAAUCCUGGUCCUGCUGUCCUCGAUGGACCUUGACGUCUGGAAUGCGGAUGGCUCGAGUGCCUUUCGCUUGCCUCGGUGCCCUUCUUUCCCAGAACCAAUUACCACGGCUCGAAUUUCAAUAAGCCGCCAUUACGCUCUGAUCCACCUCACCGGCUUCGAGAACCGCAACCACAUCCAUGUCGUCGAUCUGGUCUCAGGAAAGCUUCGCCCCCGUCUGGUCAACCUAUGGACCGAAGAAUACGUGUCCCCAGCCGUGCUUCGAUGCGGCUCCGAGCGCGGCGACUUCACUGUGCUCGCACUGACGAGAGGUGGUACCCUCGUGGUGGACCGCGGCGAAGAAGACGCACCUGCUUCUUCUACUCCACCUCCAGCGCCGUCACCACUCCACGGGCUCACCCCCCAGGCCUUAUCGGCGGAUGGCACUCGCGCAUUGUGUUUCGUCGACGCGGCACGGCCUUCCGAUCCUCCGCCCACUGCCCCACAGUUCUGCGUUGUGGACACCGUCACCGGAGAGAUGCUGUCGGGGCCAUUCGGAGGCGAGCGACCCUCGGUGAUCAUUGGUGAACACCGCAGCAUGGAUAUCGAGCGAACUGAAUAUUCACCGUACUGCGGAGGAUGGUUUUGGAGCACGCUGCAUGGCAAGCUCUACCGAACUCCUGCCCUCGACGGCCGACAGGACGUUGCUCGGUUCGCAGUCUCGUACGACGGGUCGACGGUCGGAUGGUCGGAUUCGGGAGGGGUCGUGCGUUUCCACCGCAAUGCAGGCGACGUCUGA